AUGGCGGCGCUGGCCUACACCGGGGGCAAGCGGGAGAUCAACUAUUACUUCAGCGUGAGGAGCGCCAAGGUGCUGGCGCUGGGCGCCGUCCUGCUCCUCACCGCCUGCCACACCGCCUCCCGCCGCUACCGAGGUGGUGAUACAUGUGAGUAUCUUCUGUCCAGUGGGAGAUUUCUUGGAGAAAAAGUAUGGCAACCUCACAGUUGUAUGAUGCAUAAGUAUAAAAAUAGUGAAGCAAAAAAUUGCCUCAUAGACAAACAUGUUGUGUUUAUAGGAGAUUCUAGAAUUCGACAGCUGUUCUAUUCAUUCAUAAAACUGAUAAAUCCUCAAGUCAAAGAAGAGGGAAUUAAGCAUGGAAAUAUCCCAUUUGAAGAUAAAUCUGCUUCAAUUAAAGUGGAUUUUCUGUGGUACCCAGAAGUUAAUGGCUCUAUGAGGCAACGUAUCAAAUCUUGGACUGAGGGUUCUUUGACAAAACCUCAUAUAAUUGUAGUAGGAGCUGCCACGUGGUCUAUCAAGAUUCACAAUGGCAGCAACGAAGCCCUUGCACAAUAUAAAAUCAAUAUCACUUCAAUUGCACCUCUUUUGGAAAAAUUAGCAAUAAGUAGUGAUGUUUACUGGGUCUUACAAGAUCCUGUUUAUGAAGAUAUGCUGAGUGAAAGUCGGAAAAUGAUCACUAAUGAGAAAAUAGAUGCUUAUAAUGAAGCAGCUGUUCGUAUUCUGAACAGCAGCUCUCGAAAUUCCAAAGCUAAAGUUAAAGUGUUCAGUGUAUCAAAAUUGAUAGCACAAGAAACUAUCAUGAAGUCUGCAGAUGGCCUGCAUCUCCCUGAAUCAAGCAGAGAUACAAAUGCAAUGAUUCUUAUGAAUGUCUACUGCAAUAAAAUAAUGAAGCCCAUUGAUGGCUCCUGCUGCCAGCCUCAGCCUCCUCUUACUCUGAUACAGAAGAUAGCUUUCUGUUUCUUUACUUUGUCCAUUUUUGGAUAUUUAAUUAUCAGCUUAAUUCAUCGGAAUAAUUAUCGGAAGAACAAAACAUGCACUGAUUUGGAAAGCGGAGAUGAGAAGAAACCUGCCAUCAGCACACCUAAUGUUUCUACUUUAGAGAUGCUCUUACACUGCUUUUGCAAACUUGGUCUAAUCAUGACCUAUUUUUAUCUAUGUGACAGAGCAAAUCUUUUCAUGAAGGAAAAUAAAUUUUACACACAUUCAUCUUUCUUCAUACCAAUCGUCUAUAUCUUGGUUUUGGGGGUAUUUUACACUGAAAAUACCAAAGAGACUAAAGUGUUAAAUAGAGAACAGACUGAUGAAUGGAAGGGCUGGAUGCAACUUGUUAUUUUGAUUUAUCAUAUCUCUGGAGCAAGCACUUUUUUGCCUGUGUACAUGCACAUUCGAGUUCUGGUUGCUGCAUAUCUGUUUCAAACAGGUUAUGGGCACUUCUCAUAUUUUUGGAUAAAAGGGGACUUUGGUGUAUACAGAGUGUGUCAGGUUUUAUUCCGUCUCAAUUUCUUGGUUGUGGUACUGUGCAUAGUGAUGGACCGACCUUACCAAUUCUACUAUUUUGUGCCAUUAGUCACUGUCUGGUUUAUGAUAAUUUACGCUACCUUAGCUGUGUGGCCUCAGAUUGUCCAGAAGAAAGCAAAUGGGAACUGCCUGUGGCACUUUGGCUUACUGCUGAAACUGAUUUGCUUGCUGAUAUGUAUAUAUUUUCUAUCAUAUUCUCAGGGUGCAUUUGAGAAGAUAUUUUCUUUUUGGCCAUUGUCCAAGUGUUUUGAACUGAAUGGGAAUGUCUAUGAAUGGUGGUUUAGGUGGAAGCUGGAUCGCUACGUGGUUUUUCAUGGGAUGCUGUUUGCUUUUAUUUAUCUGGCACUGCAGAAACAUCAGAUGAUAUCAGAAGGAAAAGGAGAUCCUCUUUUCUCCAACAGAGUUUCAAAUGUUUUAUUAUUUAUUUCAAUUGUGUCCUUUUUGACCUACUCUAUUUGGGCUAGUAGCUGUAAAAACAAGACAGAGUGCAAUGAGCUACAUCCUUCUGUUUCUGUGGUACAGAUUUUAGCGUUCAUCCUCAUCAGGAACAUUCCUGGAUAUGUCCGAUCUGUGUAUAGCUCAUUCUUCGCCUGGUUUGGCAAAAUUUCUUUAGAGCUCUUCAUUUGCCAAUACCAUAUUUGGCUGGCAGCAGACACAAAGGGGAUCUUGGUGCUCAUUCCUGGAUAUCCAAUGUUUAAUGUUCUUGUCAGCACUUUCAUAUUUGUGUGCGUUGCACAUGAGAUUUCUCAGAUCACUAAUGAUCUAGCACAGAUUGUGGUUCCUAAAGAUAACUCAACUCUGCUGAAAAGGUUGCUAUGCGUAGCUGGAUUUUUUUCUGGACUACACUUCUUUUCAGCAAUGCAAGAUCAGUCAAGGCAUUAACUUGGAAACUUUCUUCAGGUUUACUUUGUGUCUGCCUGAACAAAAAUUCUCAACUGGAGGUACAAGAAGACAUUUAAAUUAAGCGUGUGGAAAAUGUAUAUAGUGGAAAUGUACAUAUUUUGUGUGGAAAUAGCCUUCUCAAAUAAUCUGAGAAACAAGAGUGCACUGUACAGAAUUGCAUGUGAAAAAUGAGUCUUUUCUACUGGAUGUUUGUUUCUGUUUACAUAUCUGUUGUAAUGCGACAUGACCCAGUGCAGUGGUUGAGCAGUAUGACGGGCACAUGGCGGGACUCAGCCGGCGCUGGUGAGCCCAGGACGAGGGGCUGCGCUGUUCCCGCUGUUCCAGUGCCCGCCACGCGCAGCACGCGCUGCCGUCCCCGCACCAGGCAGCGAGACAGGGCGGCUGGUUAGAAAUUAGUGUUUGGGGUGGAAAGAGUAAUACGUGUUAUAUGAAACCCUUGGUAUGUGGAAGUAAGAAGUACCCAUCAAUUCAGUGGUUGAAGAUUAUAUACAAGUUUACAUAAUGUUUUAUGAGGGUUUUUUUAGAAGUUUAAGAUGUGUUUAGCAAACACGAAUUCUGAGACUGAUUUUUUUUGUAAAGAGAAUUUGGGUUUUCUUCCUAAAGUUGUUUGCUUUUUCAUAAAUUUUUCACAAAUUAAUUUAACUGUGUGUAGUUCUGUGUACAGUCACAGUGAACAAACAAAUGAAUAAUUUUUAGAGAUUCAUUUCAAGAUGGGAAAUUUUUGGAAGACCUUUUUCAGUCAGAUGGAAUCCCAUCAUAUCCACUCCAUCAGAUCUUAGGAAAAUGGUGAUCUUUGACCCUCUCCCUGUGUUUGUAGGUGACCUUGAAUUAGGUCUCACUAGGGAACUAGUGCCAUAUUCUCUGCUGUAAUAACAUUUUCAUUUAAGAGGAUGCAAGUCAGUCAGUUGGUAUCAUGAGGAGCAGGGAUUGAGUGGUCAACUUCGUUGCAUGCAGAUGGUCGAGUCUCAGAAUUACAAGUGAACUGAGAUUGGAGCUGUUUGGAGAAAACUUUUUUCCUAUCCUUUUCAGGAGUGCCCAAUAUUUGUUACUUAUUUUUUCCUUUACCAAAAACCUUAUAAUUGAAAGAAACAGUCCUUCAGUGUGGCAGUGGCAAGCUAUUGUUUACAUUCUACUAAUCAGUGAAGUUAUGGACAUUUCUUGGUUAGUUGUGGGUUUGGUUCAAGUAAUAGUUUGACCUCUAAUUGCUUUUUAAUUUUAUUAUUCUUCUGAUUAUUUGUUAGCAAUCAAAAAUAUGAGAGCAAUAUUCUUUUCCAAGCAUAUGUGCAAUUAUGUAUGAUUAUGAACAACAUGAAUCCUAAUUUGUACCAUAUAUACUGUCAUAUGUAUGUUUUUGUUCUUAUCCCAGGUAAAACAUUGAAUUCAGUCUUGCAGCCAGGAAUGAAUGCAAAACAAAUCUAUGAAAACAAUUACUUCAAUUUUUAUUUUUUUGUGUGUGGUGGAGAACAGUUUCUUUUAAAGAAUGAGCAGUCAUCCAUCAUAAAAAAGAAACCCAAAAAACAAAUCACUGACUUCCCCCAAAUUCAGCAGUGUUACUAAGCCUGCCAGCUGUUUUCAGGAUAGUGGAAAGAUAUUCAGCUGUUUGUUCUGUGUGCAUAUUACUUCCAAUGCUUGGGAAUUCAACCUCAUUGAUCAAUACAUUUGAGUGACUGAAGGAAAGAGUGUAGGUGGACACCAUAGUGGGGGAUAGCAAGCAUACCCUUCAUCUAUGCCAGUAUUAUGAGCAACAGGGAACUGUGAGCUUGAGGGAUAGUUUUUGUUUUGUUCUUCACAACAUAACUGUUGUAGAUAUAACUCUUAUUUAUCUGUUGUACAGACUUGUUUAAAAGAUUUAUUUUUAAUGUUUGAAAUAAUGCACUUGUUUACUAUUACUGUAUGUGGGAUAAAUAUAUUUUCUUUUCAAGUUAUGUAAAAAUAUGAAGUAAUUUAAACAUUAAAUAAAAGUGCUGUGGAUGCUUA